CGGGGAAUAAAGAAGUGCCGCGGAGGGGGCAGACAGAUUGUACACACAAUUCUUAGACACAGACAGCACUUAGACACAGGACAGACAUAGGGGCACGAAUAAGGGGGGGAUCCUGACAGACUAGACAGAGGCACAGAGAGGCUCGCACAGGGAUCCAGACACACGGAGAAGUAGCAAACAAACAGGGGAGGGUCACGGAAACAUUUCAGAAGAGACCAAUCUUCUGAGAUCCAGAUAGAAAGACCUUGUCAGACACAGAGAGCACGUCUGAGGAGACAGGCGGCAGCCACAGGCAGGUAGACGGCUCCCAGACCCAGGUCCUAGGACGCAGUGAAGCUGCCAAGUUCCUGCACCAUGCUACAAUUGCUUCUGCUCCCUCUCCUGCUCCUGACUGCCACCCGGUGCCACCCUAUCCCGGGAGGGGACACACUGCAGCCUGGUGGCACUUGCUGGGUUCUAGAGGGUUCUAGUUCCACAUGCAACUUAAUAUUACUUACUGCAGGGACAUGGGAUGAAUGCUGUGGAGAUGGACAUCUUGACACAGCCUGGUCUAACUAUACCGUUCCAAUGAACAAGAUUAGCCUUAUGGGCUUCCUAGGACUGGUCAAUUGUCAGCCUUGCAGAGACAGCUGUGAUGGUGUGCAAUGCCCACCUGGUAAGACAUGUCUUCUGAAAGAUGGUCGCCCCCAGUGCGAAUGUGCACCUGACUGUUCGGGUCUCAAUAGCGAUAUUCCCGUAUGUGGCUCAGAUGGCAACACAUAUCAAGAUGAAUGUGAGCUAAUCACAAAUAAAUGUCGUGGACAGCCGGACCUGGAGGUCAUGUACUAUGGAAAAUGCAAGAAGUCAUGUUCGACAGUGGUUUGCCCAGGGACUCAUUCAUGUGUCGUAGACCAGACUGGAAGUGCCCAUUGUGUCAUGUGUCGCACCUCUCCAUGUCCAGUGCCUCUUGCAUCUGAAUACAUGCUGUGUGGAAACAACAAUGUCACCUAUCCCUCAGCCUGUCAUCUCAGAAGAGCCACUUGCUUCUUGGGACGAUCUAUAGGAGUCCGUCAUGUAGGCAGCUGUGCAGUGCACUCCAAAUUUUCCAUGGAUCUCGACGAUGCAGUGAAGAACUUUGUGUGAGAUCCUGAUGUCACAGAAAUGUCAAAACAAGCUCACGGGCAUUUCAUGUGUAUAUUGUACAUACAGUGAGGCAUAUUUAUUAACUGGACGUGUUAUUUAUAUGUAUCAGCCAGGCUCCAUUACCCAAAGUGUAUGUAGCAGGGUUUAAACAUUAAACUCUGUCAUUUGUAAGGUUAUAUCCUGUAGGAAAUGUUAUGUAUUGUAGUCUGACUUGGUGAAUCUGUUGUCACUAUGGUUCGGUGGGUGAAUCUGAUUUCUUAGGGCACAUUCAAUGUGCUCCACAGGCAGUAAAUGAAAUCUUUCUCUAUAUUACAGGGUGGCAGGGUGACACAGGCAGAAUGGUGCGAAAAAGGUGGAAACAAAUUGUACCUCACAGUAUAGGGUGGUCACUUAGUCGUCUACAACACAAAAUGGCAGAGGAAAGAACUAUCUGACAUGACGAACGACUGAGAAGUAAACAUAGUUACACAGAUAGAAAGAAGCUAUGAGGUUGGCACACUGCUCCAAUGCCAGACCACAUAUUAACCCACAGGUAAAGCAAGGGAAGUGGAGCACGUCCUUGGUUUUGCAGGACAAAGUAUAUUAUUUUAUUUGUUUUCGGAAUGCAUUGCUCCUAUUGAGUAUAUAUCAUCUGAACUGUACAAAUAUGGCAGAAUACACUAGCCAUACCAGUACGUUGCAGCUGCAUAAACAGGCUUUUAAUCACUGUUUAAUUGGUAUCAACUGCUCGGUUUCAGGUGUAAUUUGCCUCCUACUUGUAAGGUCAGAGACCACAGUGCUGUUUUUCUAUUUUUCUAUCUUUGUGUCUUUACUCUUUUU